AUGGCUGGCCAUACCUCGCUGCAAAUGGCGAAUGCCAUGGAAGGUGUGCGAGAACAGGUGGUUCAACAGAAGCAACGGCUGGAUAACCUCGUGGACGAGUUUUCCGGUCUCCUGGAGGGGCUUCUGAAGAAAAAAUUGUACAAGCUUCUGAGCAUCGUCGUGAACAAGGUUCCAGGUAUAGUCAAGUCUGUUCUUGCAGAUCCCGAGAUGCCUAUGCGAUUGCAAAAAGCACAGGAUGCGGCCAUCGAUGCAGUAUGGCCAGAUGUGCAGCAGGAGAUUAUGUGGGAGCUGGCGGUGACAAUGGAUGGCAAGGUUACGCAGGACUUGCCUGAGGUCCGUGGCUGCAUCUGCUGCGCAUUUCUCAGAUAUCACCUGUACCCGUUUGACCGAGGAUUUUGGGGGCGGUUCCGUGAUCCCGUUUGGAUACUCUUUACGUUGAUUGGCCUCCUUCCCGUAUAUGGUAUCAGCCCCGGGAUCUUUUGUGUCAUAUUCCUCGUCAUUGACAAAACAGAUGAGUUCCAGCUGGUGUCGUUUAUCCUGGAAUUCAAGGGCUUUCAGUACCUCACGCAGGGUGUCAUUCGAAGCUUGAUGGGCUACUUCAUGUACUUGAACUGCAUCACCGCACCAGGGCAAGCAGAGGAUAAUUGCGCAACAAAUGGCCCUGGAUCUGUCGCACCAACCGCCCUGGUUCUGGUGGGAUAUGUGCUUCAGAUCGUUCUUGUUUGGAUAGCAUUCGUACUUUUGCCCUUCUCUUCCAAAAAGGGGCGAUCAGCAUUGACGGGUCAUCUGGAUCAAUCCCCCGAUUCUGCUAAUAUGCGAGGCGGCUACAUUCUUUAUCUUCUCGGGUAUGACCUCCUGACCUUCAUUGUGUGCAGUGGCACGUUGAUUUACGUGCUGCAGCUCCGAGAGUGGCUUUUGGAUGAUUGGAUGGUCAAGCAUGCAUUCUUUGCCGUCCAGAUGGUGCAUGGAUACUUGUCUCUGCCCUUCUUUUUCUUCACAAUUCCGCUGUUGAGGAACAUCUUGACCCAUACAGCGCCGACAGGCUACGAUAGGUCUGGCCGCUGCAGGCGGUACGAUGGUGUCACAAGGCCGCCGAAGCCGGCAGCAGAGCGCGGCACUUCUUUGCCGCGGGUACUUGAAAAGGCUGAGGCAUCCAGGAUUCUGGAGAACUUGAAGCGCCUGCUGGCCGGCCUUCAUGUCCGUGAUUUGGAUACGGACCCUGGUCCAGAAGCCAGAGAAGCUAGCAGCCCCUAG